GGCGGGCCCGGGCGGGGGCGGGCGGCGGGCGGCGCCAAGCGUGGGGCGCGGGCCCGCGGCGGGAGCUGUCCGCAAGACCUAGUGCUGAAGUAGGCGCGGACGUGCCCGGUGCCUAGCGCGUGGUAGCAGGCGCCCAGUGCCCCAGCCGGCGAAGACCAUGGCGUUUAUGGUGAAGACCAUGGUGGGCGGCCAGCUGAAGAACCUCACUGGGAGCCUGGGAGGCGGCGAGGACAAGGGGGAUGGGGACAAGUCGGCAGCCGAAGCUCAGGGCAUGAGCCGGGAGGAGUACGAGGAGUAUCAGAAGCAACUGGUGGAAGAGAAGAUGGAGCGGGAUGCACAGUUCACACAGAGGAAGGCAGAGCGGGCCACACUGCGGAGCCACUUCCGAGACAAAUACCGGCUACCCAAGAACGAGACAGAUGAGAGCCAGAUCCAGAUGGCAGGUGGAGACGUGGAGCUGCCCCGGGAGUUGGCCAAGAUGAUCGAGGAGGACACAGAGGAGGAGGAGGAGAAGGCCUCAGUCCUUGGGCAGCUGGCCAGCCUUCCUGGCUUGGACCUGGGCUCACUCAAGGACAAGGCCCAGGCCACACUGGGGGACCUCAAGCAAUCAGCUGAGAAGUGUCACGUAAUGUGACCACUUCCCUGGGGUUACCCACUGGGCUGGGCCUCCAUGAGGGCUGAGUGUGUGUCAACUUCCAGAGACCCAUACUCCAUUUGGGGCUUUGUUUUCCUUGCCCCAUCCUAGUUCCAAGACCUUUCCCAUCCAUGCCCCAACCCUAUCUUCUGUUUUUUUCCUCUCUGCUGGGAGCAAAGCCCCCAUCUUCACCUUACCCUUCAGGACCCUCCCCGCCAGCUCAGCCUGUGGAGGCCUCCCAAGAUUGCAGGAAUAUGCCCAUCCCUC